CAGACCCGGACUACACAGGGCGUUAAACGGCAAUGCCAACGGUUCUUGACCUUGGGAUGAGAACGGGUUGCCAAAGCUAAGACAUAAAAGUGAUUCCUGAACUGUGUAGCCUAAUAGCCUCUUGAUGAGUCCCUCACAAUGCUUGUCGUAGGUAGGCCUACAAGUGCAUUCAAAUUUCGAACAAAUGUAGCCUAUCACAAAGUAGCAAGUAACCAUGUAAAGUUUGUCAGACGGAUGGUUGAUGGACCAGACUUGCCCACGUUCACCUGUUUUAUCAGUAAACGUGACGGUGGAUUACCUGAUACAAUAGUAUUCUAUUCUUAUAGUCAGAAGGCCUAUCAUGACGAAAGAGGAGAAUAUUGGAGACUAGCCUUUGUGAUGAAAACAAAAGGACAGGCAGAACAACUCCAAAGACUACAUUUUAGGUUUAGUGUGGACAUAAUUCAGUCUAUCCAGAAUUUGAGAUGUCGCAAUCGCAACAAAUUCCCGAGAAUUCAGCGUGACACUCCCUCAAAUUUGUCCUAUCCUCGCCGUUUCCAGUUACGUUAUGUCAGCUUGUCAUUUCCUGAUUUACAAGUAACGUCUCACUUGCCGACAAAAAAGGACCGUGAAAAACAGUAGGCUUUCGAUCUUGACAGAGUGGCAGAAACGCAUGGAGGAAAUCAGACGAGACAACUCACUGUGACACGGGCUGCUGCGUCCCGGUAAAUUGCAAGCCCUGAAAUAAUCAAGGCAAACGAAAGACGACUUGUCCUCUAUUACUGGUCCUGCAUCGCUGUGUCCAGCUGUUCAGGGUCUACUGGACAGCAAUCAGACAAAGGAGCUUUUGUCUGAUAAAUCUUAACAAGCAACAUACUAAAUUGGAGUCACAAGUAUGCACAGUAUCUGAAGAGUUUCAGGCUGUUGGCUUGUGGGGGCUGCAACUUUUUCUACCUCUGCUGGGCUAUAAUUCAAGUCAAAUCAGAAUCUGAGCAGCAGGGUCUUGGGAAGUAUAAGAGUAUUCUAACGCAAUAUGGAGAGCUGGCACUGUUGGCUGCUGCUGUGCACACUAAGUUUAGUGCUGGCCUCUGGAGAGGCAAUGAAAAAUGAUGAUGACAUCGACCUUGUCAGCUUUCUGAGAAGUAUCUUCCCCGGGCUGCUGGUGAGAGAGGAGCCACUCAUCAUCAACAGAGACUUUGAGAUAAACUCCCUGAAGGAGCUGGUACGGCAGGAGGGCCUCUCAAUCACAGAGCAAACCAAGGACAAAACAGUCAGUCGGGAUACAGAUGGGGCUCCUGGACCUGUGGUGUCAACCAAAGAUGGCCAGAUCAAGGGGAUUACAGUGGAGAAGGCCCAUAUAUUCUAUGGGAUACCAUAUGCAGACCCCCCAGUUGGGGCUUAUCGCUGGAAGCCCCCUAGACCUGUGAGUCCUUGGACAGGGGUUUAUGACGCAUCCUUCCCCAGGGCGGCAUGUGUGCAGGCCUGCAGGGGACCUGAGGAGUGUCCUCAAAAAGUGAGUGAGAACUGUCUCUACCUCAAUAUCUUUGUCCCUGUGGAUGUGAACUUCAGCUCCCCUCUGAGGAGCUCACUGCCUGUCAUGGUGUGGAUCCAUGGUGGGGAUUUCAUUGCUGGCUCUGCCUCCAAGCCCCUGUACGACGGACGCUUCAUCAGUAACUUCACCCGCACUGUUGUUGUAAGCGUGGAGUACCGACUGGGUGCCUUUGGGUUCCUUGUGUCGGGCAAAGACCCUCACACCUCAGCUGCAGGGAAUUAUGGGAUAUUGGACCAGCAGGCAGCUCUUCUUUGGGUCCAGCGGAACAUUGCAGUGUUCGGAGGUGAUCCCAGCAAGGUGACAAUAUUUGGAGAGAGUGCAGGUGCUCAGUCAGUAAGUCUUCACCUGAUGAUCCAGAGCAGCAAACCUCUGUUUCAACAGGCUGUCCUGCAGAGUCUGCCUUUCUCCAUCCCUCUGAAGACCAGACACGACGCCCUGAGGCUGGGAAAAGACUUUGCUAAAAAGACCAACUGCUCUGUGAGCGACAUCGUCUGCCUGCUGUCUCUCACUCCACAGGCCGUCCUCGCUGCCCAGAUGAAAACAAGUUCCAAGAUUGUGAACCCGUUCAGGUUCCUGGAGGUUUUUGAGACCUGGGGCCCUUACAUUGAUGGGGAGUUAAUAAAAGAGCAAGCUGUCAUUGCCUUCCUAAAGGGCCACUGGCAGAAAGAGAAGCCAGUGCUGCUGGGUACGACCUCAGAAGAGGGGGUGCUCUUUGUGUAUGGUGUCUUCAACAAGCCAGUCUCUGCGUUGGAGAGCACUGUGUACAUCACAGCCAUCUUUAAACAACACACACUGCGGAUCCUGCACAAGUACCUGCCCCUGUACAGGGAUGCUGACCGCAGGGAUAUGCUAGCUCAGAUCGUCACCGACUUUGUCUUCCUGUGUCCGUCCCGGAGGUCAGCACGUGCUGGCACAGCAACUGGCAGCCAAGUGUGGAUGUACGUGUUCGACCACGUGGCGUCAGACCAUCGUGUGUGGUCAGGUCUGACUUUCUGCUACCAGCACGCCUGCCACGGCGCCGAGCUGCCCUUUCUCUUUGACUCUGCCUCGGUGGCCAACUUCACCCUGUCAAUGCCAGAGAAGCUGCUGUCCAAUCGGAUGCUGUGCUACUGGGGAGCCUUCGCCCACACUGGUGACCCUUCCUCGCGGGUCCAGCAGACGACUUUCUGCCGAGAACAGCGUCUGCCUGUUUGGCCGCGCUAUUCCGACACCAGCGGCUGGCUGGUCAUGAACCUGACGGCACGUUCACAUGCUCAGGUGGGGUCCAGGAACCAUAUAUGUGACUUCUGGGACCAACUGGGUGUCUACUAAUGAGGGGACAGGCUGGUGCUGGGUUGCUUUCCAUCGAAGUAGCAUCAAUACAUGCUGUUUUCUUUGUUCCUGAGAAUGUAAACUCGUCACAAAAUCUUGCAGCAUUAGAUAGAGGUGUUCAUCACAAAAUAUAUAUUCAUCAGUAUUAAACAUGAAUUGCUACCAAGCAACAGUUAUUUCAUUAAAUAGUCAAGUUU